UGUUGUAAAUAGUCAAGCUAUUAUUCUAACUUAAACCAAACGAUGAAAAAUAUUUUAGACGCUUAAUCCGAAAUAUUGAUGGGUUUAAAAAAAGUAAAAUAAAAAAAUUAAAUUAAAUUUUGGGCAGAACGAUAGUGUGGAGUGAGGGGUAAAACGGUAAGGGAAGAAAGCAAAGAGAAGAACGGUGCUUCAGUGUGCGUGUGGCGUUAGCUCCUCACUCUUCAAUCUUGUUUCUCUUUUCAAUUUCUCUCAGUUGAAAGUCAUGGAUAUAGACCCUGCAGAACUUAGGUAUUUGGAGGAUGAGGAUUCAUCAUUGAUGAAAACUAUUAAGGGUGCAACAACUGGUUUAAUUUCUGGCACCAUCUGGGGUACUGUUGUUGCCACCUGGAAUGAUGUUCCUCGUGUUGAGAGAAACGUUGCUCUUCCAGGCCUGAUAAGAACUUUCAAGAUGAUGGGCAACUAUGGAUUGACCUUUGCUGCCAUAGGAGGAGUCUACAUCGGUGUUGAGCAGUUGGUGCAGAACGCUAGGAUGAAGAGGGAUCUUGUCAAUGGUGCUGUAGGUGGAUUUGUUGCUGGUGCAACUGUUCUGGGUUAUAAAGGGAGGAGCAUCAAAACUGCAAUUCAGGCUGGGUCAGCAUUGGCAUUCACCUCUGCAUUUAUUGAUUUCGGAGGUCAGAGAAUAAAACAUGAUUCUCAUAAGGAGUAUGCUGCUUACACCACAAAGAAAAGACCCAAUGCUGAAUCUGCUGAUGCGUAAUUAUUAAUUAAUAAUGGACCUUUGUGGCCAAAGUUAUUUCAAGUUGUAGGAGGGAGUGAAUCACUCUUUGUUAGCCAGUUGUUUGUUUUGAGUUGGAAUUACAUACUUGGAUGUUCUUCCGUAUUGUUUCUUUUAUAAGGUUAUUAAUGCUGGACCGAUUAAAAUUUCAAUAAAUGUACAAUUAUGUAUUGUGUUUCCAAA